AUUAUUAUGAUCACUGUCAUAAAAGUGCACUAAAAAUUCAAUACGGAAAUUUUAUAUUAUAUUAAACAGUAAUAUAAUUAUUUUAAUUAUGUUUAAGUAUAAUAUUAUAGAGUAUUAUUUUUUGAAUUAUCAAUUUUAAUUAUAAUAUAUUUAUCUUAAAUUAUAAUUAAAUAAAAAAUAUUAAAUAAAUUAAUAAAAUGACAUCAAUGUUUGAUCAGUAUGAACAAGCAUCUCAAAGAUCAAAACAAGUACAUAUGCCACCAAUUCGUCCAGAUAUUAGUACAGCUGGAUUUAUUCAAAUGAAAUUUCAAGAUGAUGGGCCAAUAUUUAUUAAGCAAAAAGUUAAUUUUUUACCAUCUGACAAAAUUUUACAUUUUGUUGUUAACAAUAAUAUUAUUGUUAUUGCCAUGGCUAAUAAUAUUCUUUUACGCAUUGACAUGAAACAACCAGAUUCUCCUGAAGAAAUUGAUAUAUCUAAAUAUGCCAUAAAUAUGGAUAUGUCAGGAAUGUUUCUUGAUCCUUUUGGUAAUCAUUUAUUAAUAGCUUUAGUUUCAAAAUCUCAAGAUAAUCCUCCUCCUGAAUUAUUUUAUUUACAUAGAAAAUCAACAAAAUUAAAACAGGCAAGUAAAUUCAAAGGACAUGAAAUCACUGCUGUUGGAUGGAAUUUUUCAAAUUCUUCAGAUACUACUACAGGUCCAAUCCUUUUAGGAACUUCAAAAGGUCUCAUUUUUGAAACAGAAAUUGGUUUAGAUGGUGAUAAAAUAUUUAAUACAAGCUUGGAACAAUAUUGGCGUCAGCUUCCUAACUAUUUACCUCUUUAUGGUGUCAAAGAGGUAGAAGGAUUGGUAUUUGAUAUAGGAAAAGAUAGUAAACCACCAAUUACUGGUUUAGAAUUUCAUAAAAUACCAAGUACUGACAAAUAUGUGAUUAUUGUUACUACUCUUAUGAGAAUUUAUCAAUAUAUUGGGGCAGUACAGAAUCCAGAAGAAAAACCUUUAUUGCAACAAAUUUUCAAUAAAUAUUUAAAUGUGCAAGAGAGCUUUAAUGAAGUAAUAAAUCAUUUGUCUUAUUCUAAAAUUCAAUUUUAUUAUCCUACACUUGGUAGUUUACCAAAAUCUUUUGGUUGGUUAACUGAAACUGGUAUAUUAUAUGCUCAGAUUGACCCAAAAAUAGAUCCAAAAAGUGUAUUAACAAAUCAGCAAAUGUUAAUUUUUCCUGAAGCAAGUCUAAUGGGAAGCAAUAUAUCAAAAACAACUUCUGCACCAUUAUCUUUUGUUUUUACAGAAUUUCAUGCAUUAUUACUUUAUACUGAUCGUGUAAAAGGCAUGUCACUUUUGAAUCAAGACUUAAUAUUUGAAGAUAUUUAUAAUGAUGCAGUAGGAAAACUUUUAAAUAUUACUAAAGAUUAUGUAACACGUUCCAUAUGGGCUUAUAGUGAAAAGGCAGUAUUUAAAUAUAAAGUUAAUAAAGAAGACAGAAAUGUUUGGCAGGUUUAUGUUGAUAAAGGCGAAUUUGAACUUGCAAAACAAUAUUGUAAAGAUAAUCCAGCACAUAUAGAUCAAGUGCUUGUAAAACAAGCAGAAAUGCUUUUUAAAAAUAAGGAAUAUGAAAAAAGUGCUCUUAUUUAUGCAGAUACUCAUUCAUCAUUUGAAGAAAUAUCUUUAAAAUUUUUACAAGAAUGGCAAAUAGAAGCUUUAAAAACAUUUCUUAAAAAGAAACUCGAGGGAUUAAAAACACAAGAUAAAACGCAAAUAACCAUGAUUGUUGUAUGGGUAAUUGAAUUAUUCAUGAAUCAAAUGGGUGUAUUACGAAGUAACAAUACAUCUUAUUUACAUGAUUCACAAUAUUUAGAAUUACAAAAACAAUUUGAUAGUUUUCUUGCAAUACCAAAAGUUGAGGAAUGUAUAAAACGAAAUCGUAGUACUAUAUAUGAUUUAAUGACAAGUCAUGGUGAUAAAGAUAAUCUUAUUCGUUUAACAAUAAUGCACUGUAAUUAUGAAGAAGUAAUACGUCAACAUUUAUAUAAAAAUAAUUAUUUAGAAGCUCUUGAACUUUUAAAGAGUCAAAAUAAUAAAGAACUAUUUUAUCAAUUUGCUGGUAUUCUUUUACAAGAAUUACCACGUCCUACAAUGACUGCCUUAAUAUCACAAGGUUCUUUAUUAAAACCAUCUAAGCUUCUCCCAGCUUUAGUAUCUUGUAAUAGUGAUGAAAAACAUGCAAAAGAAGUAAUCAGAUACUUAGAAUUCUGUGUUUAUAAACAAAGCUGUCAAGAACAAGCAAUUCAUAAUUUUUUAUUGUCUUUAUAUGCCCGUUAUAAACGAGAUGAAGUAAUGCGGUAUAUUAGUUCUCAAGGACAAGAUAUAAAUAUGGUACAUUAUGAUGUGCAUUAUGCAUUACGAUUAUGUCAAGAAGUUGGUUUAACAGAAGCUUGUGUACAGUUAUCUGCUUUACUUGGAUUAUGGACAACAGCAGUUGAUUUAGCUUUAACAAUUAAUGUUGAUCUUGCUAAACAAAUAGCAGCUAUGCCUUCAGAUCAUGAAUUAAGGAAAAAAUUAUGGUUAAAAAUUGCUGAGCAUGUGGUUCGAGAAAAAGAUGAUAUUCAACAAGCAAUGGAAUUUUUACAACAUUGCGAUAUAGUCAAAAUAGAAGAUAUACUACCUUUUUUUUCAGAUUUUGUUACUAUAGAUCAUUUUAAAGAUGCUAUUUGCAAUUCAUUACAGGAAUACAAUCAGCAUAUUCAAGAUUUAAAGGAAGAAAUGCAAGAAGCAACAAAAGCAGCAGAACUUAUUAGAAAAGAUAUACAAGAAUUCCGAACGAGAUGUACGUUCGUAAAUACAAAAGACACAUGCAAUACAUGUAAUGUUCAAUUACUAUUGCGACCUUUUUAUGUAUUUCCAUGUGGACAUAGAUUUCAUAGUGAUUGUCUUGUAGCUGCAUUAACACCUAUGUUGUCAAUGGAUCAGAGAACAAAGUUAGCUGAUCUUCAACGACAACUUACUGCUCUUUCAAACAGACCUGAAGAUACUAGAUCAGUUGGAUCUGUAUCUUUAUCUACAAAAGAUCAAAUAAAAACUGACAUUGAUGAAUUAGUAGCCUCUGAAUGUUUAUAUUGCGGAGAACUUAUGAUAGAAUCUAUAGAUAAACCAUUUAUUGAAGAAGAAGAUUAUGAAAGAGUAAUGAAGGAAUGGAUAUGAAAAAUGUGAAGUAUUUUAAAAUACUUUAAAACUUUCUACAUUGUAUAAAUGUAUUUAUUCAGUAUAUAUUAUACUUUAUUCAUACUUAAA